AUGUCUUCGAAUGAAAGGUAUGAGCUAGGUUUCUUUAGCCUUGGCGGUUCAAAAAACCGAUAUCUGGGGAUAUGGUUUAAGAAAACGACACCUUUUACAGUUAUAUGGGUUGCUAACAGGGCGACUCCACUUAAGGAUCGCUUUGGAAUGGUUAAACUAGGCAACCUAGGAAACAUGUCUCUUGUCGAUGGGGGUGGCACGGUCGUUUGGUCAUCCAACUCUUCGGCAUCACGUACUAUUAUUAAACCAAUAGCAAAGCUCUGGAGUAGUGGAAAUCUGGUAAUAAUGGAUGAAGAUAGUCGUGAUGAGAAAAAUAAUAUAUGGCAAAGUUUUGAUUACCCUGGGGAUACUAUCGUGUCAGGAAUGAAAUUGGGCAAAAAUUUUGUAACAGGUAGAGAAAUAUAUUUGACAUCUUGGAAAAAUCGAGAUGAUCCAUCCCCAGGUGGUUAUGCAGUAAGAUGGGUAAUGGUUAAGGAUAAAUAUCCGCAAGGAUACCUAUGGAAAAAUUCUGUAAAAUUGACAAGGUUCGGGCCAUAUAAUGGUGAGGAGUUUUCUGGCUCAACACACUAUAAAAGUAACACCAAAGAUAUCAUGGUUCUCAAUCAGGAGGAUAUGUAUAUCCAGUUCAUGCAAAAUAGCACCGUAUUCGCUAUAAUGUAUAAACUUACUCUUGAUGGCAAGGUUAACAUUUCACAUCUACUUAUAUACAAUCAUCAAUGGAUACAUGAUAUGGUAUUGCCUAAAGAUAAGUGUGAUGAAUAUGGACUGUGUGGCCCAUAUGAAAAUUGUGUUUCUUUAACUCCUCCUUAUUGUGAAUGCUUGAAAGGGUUUCAACAAACUGAAUCAAGUUCUGAUAACAGGACAAGGAGAUGCCAACGAAGUAGACCUUUGGAUUGUGGGCCUAGAGAGGAAUUUAUCAAGUUUUCAAUGAUGAAAUUGCCGGAUACUCAGAACGCUGUCUAUAAUAACAGCAUGAGCCUCCAAGAGUGUGAGUUGGCUUGCAAAAAUAAUUGCUCUUGCACCGCCUAUGCAAAUCCAAACAUCACCGAAGGUGCAGUUGGUUGCUUGCUAUGGUUUGGUGAUUUGAUUGAUAUUCGAGUGUACAAAGAAACUGGGCUAGAUUUUUAUGUUAAACUGGCGGCCUCUGAACUACUAUAUACCAAUUCCAAGUUCCACAUAACGAAACGUGUGAUCAUUGUUACUUUGUGGAUAUCUGCUGCUUUGGCUGGCCUAAUAUUCGGAGUAUACAUUUGGACUAGGAGGGCGAAGAGAUCAGAUGUGGAAACAGAAGGUAGGCCAAACACAGUCCUUGAUAAAGAUAACAAUUCUAGCAGCAAAAAGGAAAAUAUCGAGCUGCCAUUAUUUAGCUUAUCCCAAAUUUACAGGGCUACCAAUAAUUUCUCUAUCGAAAACAAGCUUGGAGAAGGUGGAUUUGGUCCAGUUUACAAGGGUAUGCUAGAAGGACAAGAGGUUGCUGUGAAGCGACUUUCGACGUCCUCUCGACAAGGAGUUGACGAAUUUGUGAAUGAAGUUAUAUGCAUUGCUAAACUUCAACAUCGGAAUCUUGUGAAGCUCUUUGGAUAUUGCAAUGAAGAAAACGAGACAAUUUUAAUAUAUGAAUACAUGCCUAAUAGAAGUCUAGACAGCUUUAUAUUUGAUGAUACAAGGAAGUCAGAACUUGAUUGGUCACAACGCUUCCACAUAAUUUAUGGAAUUGCCCGAGGUCUUCUUUAUCUUCAUCAAGAUUCUAGGCUUAGAGUAAUACACAGGGAUUUGAAAGCAGGCAACAUUUUACUCGAUCAUCAGAUGCGUCCAAAGAUAUCAGAUUUUGGUUUGGCUAGAAUGUUUAGAGAACAUGAGAAUGAAGCAAAUACGAAGAGAGUGGUGGGAACUUUGGGCUACAUAUCACCGGAGUAUGCAGUGACUGGUCAAUUCUCGAUAAAGUCAGAUAUUUUCAGUUUUGGAGUUAUAAUCCUGGAGAUCGUGAGCGGGCAGAAAAAUAGAUGUUUUGUUGAUGAAGAUCGUCAACCUGAUAGCCUAGUUUGCCACGCAUGGAGACUUUACACUGAAAACAAGUCUCUCGAUAUAGUUGACAAAUGUUUACGCAAUUCCUGUUCUAUUUUGGAAGUGAUGCGAUCAAUACAUGUUGGCCUAUUGUGUGUGCAACAUCGACCUGAAGAUAGACCUGAUGCACAGUCUGUGAUUGAUAUGUUGGGUGGUGAUGAUGGUUCACUACCCUUUCCCCAAAAACCUGGUUUCUUCAUUUAUACAUCUGAGAUCACCUCCAACACAGUUCUUCCAUCAUUUAAUGAUUUAACAUUAAGUCAAGUAUAUGGUAGAUAAUAAUCUCAAGUAUUGAUCCGAUUGAUCAUAGACGUGGUUUCUAUUUGUUCGUUUGAAGCGGAUUAUUUCAUAUUGUCGUGUUGUAUACUUAUACUAAGUUAAAACCUGUGCGAUGCGCGGCUCAAUUAUUUACAAAUGAUAUUUGUUGUUUGGUUUGUAACAUAAUGUUAAUUGUGGAAACUAGAA